UGUUCUUCCUCCGCACAGUCCCACAGCUGAGGGCAUUGAUGUGAGCGCAGAGGCUUUCUGGUUUUUACGCGCACUUCUUUCCCCCCAUCUCUCACCCUCACACACGGAGCACAAAUCCACCUUCUCACCUUUAGUUUAGCGCGUCUGUGUUUCUUUUCUUUCCCCCCCUUUUAUGAAUGAUUCUCUCUCGCAGUACUGCUGUUAAACUCUCCUCGGAUAUCUCGCCGUCCUCGUCUGCACAACCUCACCUCGGCACAUCUUCUCUGCUCAAGUUCAAACGCCACCAGGACUUUCACUGCAGCUUCAGACGCACUUGGGGGAAAUAUCACUCGACGAGGAAAAACUUGAUACUUUGUGCAGCGGCCGAAGCAGCAGCCGAAGCGACCGUCAACAUGAGUCUCAAAGCUGACGCAGAGCCGAAUAAUAACGUUUCCAUCGAGGAAGAGGUACGAACCCUGUUUGUCAGUGGCCUACCAGUCGAUAUAAAGCCACGGGAACUUUACCUUCUCUUCAGACCUUUUAAGGGUUAUGAAGGGUCACUGAUUAAGUUAACAUCAAAACAGCCUGUCGGGUUUGUAACCUUUGACAGUCGAUCUGGAGCUGAAGCUGCAAAAAAUGCACUAAAUGGAAUCCGUUUUGACCCUGAAAGUCCCCAGACCCUGCGCUUAGAGUUUGCUAAAGCCAACACGAAGAUGGCAAAGAGUAAGCUGAUGGCCACACCGAACCCCACAAAUAUCCACCCUGCUCUAGGAGCACACUUCAUUGCACGGGACCCAUAUGAUCUGACAGGGGCAGCGCUGAUCCCAGCAUCACCAGAUGCAUGGACUCCUUACCCUCUGUAUACCACUGAGCUGACCCCAGGCCUCCCUCACGCAGCCUUCACUUACCCGGCGGCCGCUGCUGCAGCCGCAGCCCUCCACGCCCAGGUGAGGGACCAACCGAUGCGCUGGUACCCUACUCCCUCUGAGACUUCCCAGCCUGGAUGGAAGUCCCGGCAGUUUUGUUAGAUAUUUAGCCUCUGGAAACCACACCUUUGUCCAGCUGAAGUGAGGUUUGCCAAGCUCUUCAUUAAUUUAAUCAGUUUAUUUAAUGGACAAAUGUGCAUUACUAUAAGCAAACAGUAUUUAUAUCUCCUCCCGAUUGUCUCUGGGGGGAGCCUGAGUUAAGACCAGUUUGCUGUCGACAAUCUGAGCUUAUCCUUGGCAACUAUUGUGGUACCAUCCUAACACUUCAAAAAAAAAAAAAAAACCUCAUGCAAAACUUUUUCAAACUCCAUGGCUCAUAAUUGCUGAGGAAAAUUGAUGCAUUGAAGUUACUGUUGUUAAGCUAGUCCUUCCAUGGAUCACUGCGACUCCUGGGAGGUUUAGAAGCGUUAAGUCAUUGCAUGUUAGUCUUUUUGGCAUGAAUUUAGAACGCAGAAUUCUGUGUAUCCUGAUUUUCUUAGUGUAUGUAUUGCCGCUUUUCCUUGGCCUAGACAGCGAAAUGUUUUGUUUAUCUGUAGAACCUUGGUCUUACCUCUGUGAAAGCUAGGCUGUUGUGUAAAUGGCUUAUCUUGCAUGGACCUUGUGAAUGCAUCCCUAUGUUCUGACAAUCCCAGUCCUUAUGAUCAUAUCAAUGUUUGUCAUUAUUUGAGCAAAGGAAAGUACAAAUAUUUUUGUACUUUUUGCAUAAUGUAUAUUUAUGCUUUUUUUUUUUCCUUUUUUUUUUUUUUUUUUUUUUUUUGUGCAACUAAAUACUGAACCUGUAUAAGUUGGAUGUUUAGUCGUCUCUUGUGUUCUUUGGUGUUUUUUGAGCCUAUAAUCCUGUUGAAGUAGUUUUAAAGAAGAAAAAGUGCAAUUUGUUUAAAGGGGGAAGUGGGUAUCUGUCAAAACGUGGAAGUAUUCUGAACAUGGCUCGUGCCAUUCUGCUAAAAUGAGAUUGCUGUAAAACGAUCUUUCAGAAUGUGAAACUGGACUACAAACAAAGGGUUGCGUUUUUUUUUUGUUUUUUUUGGGGG